AUCAAAAAUCAAAAGUGUUAAAUCUCUUCCGCGCGAUAUUACUCUGAGAUUCCCGCCUCUCAUACUUCCCAAAAAUAUCAGUAAGUCACUUUGGAAGAGAACAGCUAGGUUUUGUUAAACAGUGUUCGGAUCGCUGCGUAAGGCGUUCAAAUCGCCUAUCCUAUGCGGCUUCAGUUCCCAAAAUCUGCUUGUUUGAUUCUAUUUCAUUAAGGCGAAAUGGGGGCGAUAACGAGGCAGGAAGUAAACAAACAGUUCAAGCUCCGACGUUACACUCUUCAAUCUGCUGCCCUUCAAGAGGUGCUCUCUUUCGUCAAUCGCACUGAAUUUGACGAUCCUCACGAAGCUUUGGAUAUUCUCCUCGACCUUAUCGAUGAAGAACCUUUGAAAUCCUCCAUUUUGGAUAAGGAAACUAUAAAUCGGGUGAUUUCAUCUAUGCUUGACGUUGGUGAAGUUUCUGAUUCCAAUUCUCAUUUAAGAUUCAUUGACGCUUUCCUUAUUCCUAAGCUUUGUUACGACUCUAUUCGGAAGAUGUUCUAUGAGUUCACGGGGGCACUUCCUAUUCAUGGUGAUGCACCUUCAAAGGCAACAUUGUAUAGAGAUAGAUUUGAGCUUUUGGCUCAGAGGCUUUCUCGCCAUCCACAUUUCUCAAAACCUGCUUUUGAGACUGAAUCAACAAACUUUGGAUGUUGUGAGAUAGUUCCCAUUCAAAACCUAAAUUGGCAAACAGGGAAAAGGUGGAUAAUGGGCGUAAUAUCACAGCUCGAAGAUGGACACUUUUAUCUAGAAGAUCUAAGUGCCUCAGUAGAAGUUGAUUUAUCGAGUGCAAAGAUCACCACUGGUUUCUUUACAGAGAAUACAAUAGUUGUUGCUGAAGGUGAAAGGCUUCCUAAUGGGAUAUUUAAGGUUAAUACAUCUGGAUUUCCUCCCAUAGAAAACAGAGAAGAAACUCUUUCAUUUUUUUCAGGACUGGAUUUUUUUGGUUGCGGUGCAUUUACAUAUGAGGAAACGAAAAAACUAGCAGAUAUGGAAAGAAAGGCUGUUAAUGACAUGUUUGUGGUUCUUUCUGACUUAUGGUUGGAUGAUGAAGAGACUAUGGGAAAGCUGAAAGAAGUUUUUGAAGGGUAUGAGGCCGUAGAGGUAGUUCCAUCCUUGUUCAUCCUUAUGGGGAAUUUCUGUUCUUCCCCAUGUAACCUAUCAUUUCAUUCUUUCGCUAGUCUUAGAUCACAGUUUGGGAAGCUUGGGAGAAUGAUUGCAGGAUACCCCCGACUAAAGGAGCUUAGUCGGUUUCUGUUUAUUCCCAGCCCUGAUGAUGCAGGCCCUUCUUCCGUUCUCCCAAGGUGUGCUCUUCCUAAGUAUUUAACAGAAGAGCUUCAAGAGGAAAUUCCAAAUGCUUUAUUUAUGAGCAAUCCUUGCAGAAUAAAGUUUUACUCUCAAGAAAUAGUGAUUUUGCGCCGAGAUCUCUUGUAUAGGAUGCGUCGUUCAUGCUUGAUUCCACCUUCAACUGCUGAAACCAGUGAUCCAUUCUCUCAUUUGGUUGCAACUCUUGUUCAUCAAAGUCAUCUCUGCCCUCUUCCUCUCACAAUCCAACCGAUUAGCUGGAAUCACGAUCAUUGUCUUCACUUGUAUCCAACCCCUCAUACGAUAAUUCUAGGGGAUAGAAGCGAGCAGAAAGUAUUCAAAUAUGGUGGAGUUACGUGUUUCAAUCCUGGGUCAUUCGCAAGUGAACACACCUUUGCUGCGUAUCGUCCCUGUAACCAUGAAGUUGAGUUAUCUGCUAUUUAAAGCGUUUCUUUUUGGAAUGAACAAUCUGAACCAUGUUACCUACUUUGAUCAAUCCACGUUGGAAUCACUCCAUAAAAUCCCAACUUUUGGGAUCCCUAUAUCAUCAUUAUCAUAUUUGAUGCUUUAUGAAAAGAAAAACACAGGUAUUGAUAUAAGAUAGCCUAGUUCAGAUUUGCUUAUUCUACUUUUCCUUCUGUUCCAAAAAAAAGUGAAUUUAUGUCAUACUAAUUGUAUUCUUAAAGAUCAUAUCUUAUUGUAAACUAGAUACUAGUGCACAACAUUAUUUAUUUAAUCUGAUAUAUUUGUUUGUAGAAAAAUUCAAAAAAAUAAA